AUGUCUGCUAUGGACCUUGACGCUCCGGUGUCUAUCUCGCAAAGAUUUGCGGCGGUAGACCAACAGCAGAAUAGCGCAACGAUUUUGUGCUGCAACUGUGGCGCUGCGAUUGAUGGAACAACGUCAGCCGGUGCUCUCUGCUACGACUGCGUAAAACUCACUGUCGACGUGUCGCAAGGAAUUCAGCGGGAGGCCACUCUACAUUUCUGCCGAGACUGCGACAGAUGGCUUCUACCCCCAUCCAGCUGGAUUGUCGCCGCGCCCGAGUCUCGAGAACUGCUGGCCUUGUGCCUGAAAAAACUGCGCGGUCUACACAAAGUUAGGAUUAUCGACGCCAGCUUCAUCUGGACAGAACCCCAUUCUCGCAGAGUCAAGGUCAAGCUUACGAUCCAAGACUCGGUUUCGGAGGGGGUGGUGCUGCAGCAGUCGUUCGAGGUGGAAUACGUCGUAGCAUACCAGCAAUGUCCGGAUUGUGCAAAGUCAUACACUGCGAAUACCUGGAGAGCUUGCGUGCAGGUCCGACAAAAAGUCCCUCACAAGAGAACGUUCCUUUACCUCGAACAACUCAUUCUCAAGCACGGUGCACACAAGGAUACGAUCAAUAUCAAGGAAGUGAAGGAUGGGCUGGACUUCUUCUACGCAGCACGGAAUCAGGCCGAGAAAUUCGUCGACUUCCUUACAUCUGUGGUACCCGUCCGGAGCAAGAAGUCCCAGGAACUGAUUUCUAUGGACAUUCACACUUCUACCAGCUCUUACAAAUUCUCAUACUCUGUUGAAGUUGUCCCGAUUUGCAAAGAUGAUUUGGUGGCAAUUCCCAUAAAGCUCGCGAGAUCUAUUGGUAACAUCUUACCUCUGGGUAUUUGUCACCGUAUUGGUACAACUGUCAACUUCCUUGACCCAAGUACUCUCCAGACAGCCGACGUCAGCGCCCCCAUCUACUGGCGCGCACCGUUCACAUCCCUGGCAGAUGUUCAAGAACUCGUCGAAUUUAUCGUUAUGGAUAUCGAGCUAUUGGGACCACAAAAGGGUAGAUGGGCACUGGCCGAAGCCACAGUCGCUCGCGCAUCAGAUCUUGGAAGGAAUGACAAGACAUACUACACCCGUACACAUCUCGGAAACGUGCUGCACCCAGGAGACUCAGUUAUGGGUUACCAGUUGACCGGCACAAACUUCAACAGUCCCCAGUUCGACGCUCUUGAAGAAUCCAACACAUACUCCUCACAAAUACCUGACGUCAUGCUCGUCAAGAAGUUCUACGCCAGAAAGAAGAAAUCGAAGAACCGCAACUGGCGCCUCAAGCGUAUGAACAAGGAGGAGGGUGAGGUUCUACCCAAGAAGGCCGACCAGGACCGUAUGGACAAGGACUACGAGAUGUUCUUGCGGGAUGUCGAGGAAGAUGAGGAGCUGAGACAGACGAUGGCGCUGUUCAAGGCUCAGCAGAAGAGAGAUGCUGAGGCUAUGAGUGUUGUAGAGACGAGUGAUGGCGAGGAGGACGAGACGCCGAAGAUCAAUAUGGAUGAGCUUUUGGACGAGUUUGAAGAUUUGCAAGUUGCGGACAAAAAAGGUGUUGUGGUCUGGGUCACUGCAGCAUCGGAUGUGGAUAUCUGA